UAUCGUUCGUAGGAAAUGAUACGUCUAACGCACGCUCAACAAGUGCUUAUUGUUAUAAGUUCGUUUGUUUAGCAUCUAAACGACUGCAUAUAGAUAGAUAAGUCAGAAACAUGACAUCAGGAAUAAAAUAGCGCAAACCACACCACGCAUCACAUAAGUUGCGCCGACGCCGAAGUGCGCGCGCCGCGGCCGCCCCGCAUCUCCCGCAAGUCCUGUCAGUUGCUAGCCGCCAGCCAUUGGUCAUUUCUGCGCCGGGCGUCUCGUAUAUGCACGUGUGUUGUGUGACCUUGAACCUUUGCAAUCCCUGUAGCCUUGAGACGAGCACAAUCGGAGUUCUGCGCUCGACUGAGUAUAUCCAGGUUUAAUACGAGGUGUGAUGUCUUCCCUACCUGCGGACACAGCAAAAGAAUACUUUGACGCUAUCGACGAAUGUGAUACAAGUAAAGUUGAAAGUUUGCUAUCAUCAGGUUUAAUCAAUGUAGAUCUUAAAAAUCCAACUUUCUACGAUCGAACCGCACUCCAUACAGCUGCUUGCAACGGCGAUAUUGAGCUGGUGCAACUUCUGAUCAACAACUUCAACGCAUCUAUCAAUAUAACUGACUUACGAGGACAAAUACCUUUAGAAAUUGCUACAGAUUACAGAAAUAUUGAUAUAGUCAAGUUUCUCAUACAAAAAGGAUCAAAUAAUUCUGAAUACGCGGCUCCGUAUUUGAAUACAGAAGAAGUUGAAGCAUUAUUUGAAGCGGCCAGAGCCAACGAUAUCGCAGAGGUAACGCGACUGAUCAAUGAAAACGGUUUAGAUGUGGACACUGAAGAUAGAAGUGAUAGUAACCGUACUGUACUAGAAGUUGCAGCAACUAACGGAUACUACGAUCUGGUUCGUGUUUUAGUAGAUGAAUUCCAUGCUGAUAUCAACCAUAAUGAUGAUCUGGAAGAGAGCCCGUUGGUUAUGGCAAUGAAUAAUAAGCAUGAUAAUGUAGCGAAUUUUUUACUAGAACGAGGAGCUACGAGGGUUUUAGAAGACUCUAGUGAAGAUUCUGAUUUUAGUUUUAAAUUACCUAUUGAUUAGUGUAAGUGUAUAAGUUUUCCUUAUGUGUAUUAAGUUUAAGAAAUAUUAUUUUUAAUUAUCAAUAUGGAAAAACCAGAUGUUUUAUCUUUGGAUAUGUUAAAAGCUAUUCACGAUCAAGUGGUAGUCAGCCAAAUAAGCGGUGUAGUUGAUGACCAUAUUGUAUCUUGUUUGGAAAUCACAGCGUUGGAUGAUGAAAAUGUAUGCCACUUGGAUGAAAUUUUACAAAGGAAACGAUAUUCAUUUGAAUGUCUUAGUAAAAUUUCUUUUACGUUUUCUGAUGAAUUUGUCCUUAUCUUUUACGAUAGUAUAAUUUCGUCUUUACAAUUGUUUAAUUCAGAAUCAAUAGGAAACAAAGGUAUAGCAAAAUUAAAUGAGUUUAUGAACUCAACUUCGUCGCUUAAGGAGAAAUUACUAUUGUUGCAAUCAUUUCUAAUAUGUUUAUGUGAAAGUGAUUUCACGUUUUCUUUAUUCGAACAGUUCAGUCCACAUUACUGGCGUAGAAAAUUAUUAUUAUUUUCGUUGCUUAAAAAAAAUGAUGCUCUUGAAAUAGAAAAGAUCGAAGUCAUGACAAAGGCAAUUGAGGAACUAGACGAGUUUUUUGUAGUAAAUGGAUUCCAUUGGAAUGUAGACGAUGUAUUAGAAAAAUUAAUCUGUCACCCAAAGUUAAAUAUUUAUUUGACUUUGGAAGUAUUUUUAGUAAUACGUUUGCGACCUGAAAUAUUUUACAUCCUAGGGCGAGAUGCUGCUUUAUUUGAGGAAAAAAUUAAUGAGUUAAAAUAUUUAUCAUUUCUACAACAUUGUAGUAUUGCGGAUCUUUUAUCGGAAAAUUACUUUGAUACUUUACAAUAUAUUUUAACGUUUCCAUAUCCGGCCAUGCUAGAACUCGGAAGUAACAUAUCAUCUACUAAUUUUGAGCAAAUGAUAUCAUUCGUCGAAUUGCUAAGGAAAAGUGGUUUUGAACGAAAAAAACGAGAUGAUUUUUUGGUCGCUAUCAAUUUCGAAGAUGAUUUGAAUAUAUCGAAAUCGAAACUAAUUUUUCAUAUUAUAAAAGGAAUAAUAGGUACCUUUUUUACGUGUUAUAAUUCUUAUAAAGGUAAUCAAGAUGCCAGCAAACCCAUUGAAGUAUGUAUAGAAUGUAGGUGUUUCGAUCCCCAAGUAAAUUGUAAGUUACAUAAGACCACAGAAUGUUGCAAUUUAAUGUAUUCGUUAAAUAGUAUAUUGGCUAAUUUAAUGAUACAUUUCACCAACGCUGAAAUAAUUAUUGACACCGUCAACACCGUUGUCGCAAAAAUCAACAAUUCUAAACACAUUGUUGAGCUUAUUAGUGCUUUAGAAAUACUUGAAGAAUAUCAGGUAAACUUAGAUGAAUCGGAAUUAAAUGAUUUAAUUUUAAAUUUCACAUCUGAAAACUGUAAACAUAAAGUGCAUCAAACUGUCGUAGAAAGAUCUUUCUCAGGCACUUAUGAAAAAUCUCUUGAACAAGCAAUCGAGGAAAUUGAAAAUUUUAAUCCAGGCCUCACUUUAAAUAUAAUCGAGUUACUUAUCGAAGUUACUGAUGCAUAUGAAAGAAGAUCCUGCCUUUUUCCAAACGAUGAUUGUAUCAAUACAUGGUCUAAAAGCCACAUAAAACUAUGGGCCCCUUUAGCAAAAGCAGCUUACGUAAAUGAGGCUGAAAAAUUGGCGGUUCUCAAACGGUUACUCAAUCUUACUUUCGGAUUAAGCUUGAGAGAUGUCCAACUGCUCGUCGUGAUUGCUAUUAUUAAAUCCAAUGUAGGUAAAGGCAGGUUGUGUCAAGUCAACACUGGUGAAGGAAAAACAUUGAUUAUUGCAAUGGUAGCGGCUUUCAAAGUCUUAGAAGGACAUACGGUUGACAUUUAUACCAGUUCGCCAGUUUUAGCUAUCCCACAGUCUUUAGAAUUUACCAAAUUCUUUGAAGUCUGUAACAUAUCAGUUACAAAUAACAUCAAUCCAAAUUCUGACUAUACCUGUGAUGUAAUUUACGGAACUAAUAAUUCAUUUCAAAGAGACGUCCUCAGUGGCGAAUUUAGAAAAACAAAUAUACGAAAAAAGCGAAAUUUCGACGUUGCAAUAGUUGACGAAGUAGACAAUAUGCUCAUUGAUGGAAACAAUUGGAUUUUAAAGUUGACAAGCGAUAUGCCAGCAAUGGAUCAUUUGGAAACUGUAUUAGCUGCAAUUUAUAUUCAAGUCAAAGCCGUAGCUAGUGCGUUAAUAGAAAAAAAUGGAGUCGUUUAUUUUAGAGAAGAAGAUGAAUCAUUCGAGGAAAAUGGAGACCUUAAAGCAGAAGUUAAAUAUAGAGACAUUCCAAUUGAAGAAAGCAAACGAGAUUUUAUAAUAAGAUGUACUAUUACUCAUAUACGAAAGUUGAUACGCGAUACUGAAAACGAAACUGUGGAAGAAGGCUAUCCAGAAUUAAAAAUUCCAAAACACUUACGACAUAUUGUUACUAAAAAACAACUAAACAGUUGGAUUAUUAGCGCUGUGCAAUCAAUAUUCAAUUAUGCUCAAGAUGAAGAUUAUGUUCUUUAUAAUGGAAAAGUUACAGUAGUUGAUACAAACAAUACCGGAGUUUUGAGAAAAAAUACCACUUGGUCUGAUGGCUUACAUCAAUUUUUGCAAAUGAAACAUGGCGCUAAAGUGGCGGCGGAGAACUUUACAUCUAAUUUUAUAUCUAACGUUGCGUUAUUCUCUCGAUAUUCCAAUAUUUUCGGCUUGACUGGUACUCUAGGAAGUAAAGAAACGAGGACAUUCUUACAUGAAACUUACGAUGUUGACUCUGUUAUUAUUCCUCCCUUCAAGCUUAAACAACAUAAGAAACUCAAGCCUAUUAUUGUACCUAAUAGGGAAAUAUGGCUUUAUAAAAUUGCACAAAAUUGUAUCCAGAAGCUAAAUGAGGGCCGUUCAGCUUUAAUUAUUAUGAAUUAUAUAAAAGAAACAGAAGCACUCGCCAAAGUGUUUACAGAACAAUUUAAUUACAAAAAUUCAAAGAUAAAGCUUUAUACAAUGGACGAUAACAGCCAUGUGGUUGAGAAAGCUAUGAAUCCAGGAGAUGUUAUAAUAACGACAAAUAUCGCUGGAAGAGGAACUGAUAUAAAAUUGCACAAAACAAUUGAAAAAAAUGGUGGUUUACACGUAUGCCUAACAUUUCUUCCAAUGAAUUCAAGAGUAGAAGAACAAAAUAUAGGCAGGACAUCAAGAAACGGUAACAGAGGAACAAGUCAAUUAAUCUUAUUUGUUCCUAACAAGGAUUCUAUCUCUAUCGAUGUUAUAAAAAAAAAUCGUUCAGAGAGGGAAACAUCUCAAAUUAAAAUGGCAACAAACACUGUAAAGAGGAUUAAAGUUAAGGAUAAAAUUUUCAGGCAAUUCUGUGAUUGUCUAAGUGAAAUACAAGGGCGCAGUUCGAUUGUCAAAGAAACUGAGCUUAAAUCAGUGGAGGAACAAUUUGCUUUUUGGAUAAAGAUGCACGAAGAUGAAUUUGAUAAAGUUGAUACUGGAAUAUUUGAAAAGUUUGAAGAGUUCAAGCAAUCUAUCCUUGAAGAUGAUAGAAAAGGGACAUUGAUAAAAAAUCCAUAUUUUUUUGUGGAACUUGGUAAUAGUUACUUGAAAAAAAAUGAAUACGACAAUGCUAUUUACGAAUAUACAAAAGCUAUUAAUUUAGAUGAAGAUUUCGCAGAAAAUGCUUAUUAUAAUCGCGCUUGGGCCUAUUUAAGCCAGUAUGGAAACAACAUAGAGAAAAACCAAAAUUAUAUAGAUAAAGCGAUCAGCGACUUGAAAACAGCUCGGAAAUUAAUUUGUGAGAAAGAAAACGGCUUACAUUUAAUGCAAACAGCUUCAAGCAGUGAUGUGUUUUCUGAACAAAUAAUGAAUAAAUUGAGUCUUUAUAACAUACAAAAAAACGUUAUUGAAAUGGCAAUAGGACCCGACAAAGACGCCAUUAAUCAACAGUUAAAAGAGCUAGAGUCACAUAUUGAACAAACGAACGAUUCGGAUUUGAAAAAAAACUUAAAGUCAGUAACAAAAAAACUGAAGGAAGAUAAAAAAAAUAUCGGCGUCCUUGGAAGAGCAAUAGAAAAUAAACGCAACAUAAAAAUAGAACCUCUAUCAGAUGAUUUUAUAUCAAAAGAUGACCUAAGAAAGUAUAAACAAGAACUUGAAGAGUUUGAAAUGAAUGGUUGGCUUAAAGGUUUUAAAAUAACUGAAGUGAAACCCAUAGAUUGGCUAAGUGUUAUCAGUCUACUUGGCAUAGGAUUUGGGCAACUGAUAAUAGGCGCAGCCAUAACUGUCUUUAGUCUCGGCGCAGGAGCGACUAUUGGCAUGGGUCUUAUAACAGAAGGCAUAAGUGAUAUCAUAACAGCAGUAAAAGAUGGUAUAAUUAAUAGGGAUUUCGAUUGGGCAAUGUGGGCCUUAAUGAAGGUUAUUAGUUUAACCGUGACUGUCGUUUGCGCCGGACUUAAAGCAAUCAAAGACGUUGCUCGAACUGCUUAUUCGGGUGUAAAGAACGUCGUUACUUCAGGUAUGAAAGCUUUUAAUAAAGUGACAUCAGAAGGAUUUAAAAUUGCCGCAAAGAAACUUGGUUUUGAGUUAUCAAAGGGAGUAGCGAAGGAAAUAGUUACGCAAUUAGUUAAUUAUGGCAUCGAUAAAAGCUUAAUACCUUUAAUAGAGGAAGCUAUUAUUGAACUUAUAAGAGAUCCUAUUGAAAACGCACUUAGUGAAAAUUCAAAAGUAAUAAGUAUGUUAAAAUUAGACGUAGAAAAUAAAGAUCACGCGUACGAAAAUCAAAUAAGGGCUAUAGGGCAGAAGUUGUUGCAGCCCAAAGAAAAUAGCAAACUCCAAACUUUGGCUGUGCACACUGCUGGCUGUAUUGCCGGUAACACAGGUUUUGGAACUGUUUAUAAAGUAAUGACAAUACUCAAGGGUUCGGUUGAUUUUAGUACGUUUGCCAUAGAUUUCAUAAAUAAAUUAAAUGAAGCAAUUGAUAAAAUUGAAUUAAAAAAAAAAGAACAAAGCGCAACUUGCGAUCGUGUAGAAGAAAAUCAAAAUGAAGAAAUUGUAGAAGAAUCUACAAAACAAUCUAAUAGUAAUAAUGAUGAUAUCGAUUUGAAUAAAGUAAAAGUACAAGAUGAACAAGUACAGCAAAUUAGAAGGCAAUGUACACCCAGCGAUUUGUCUUGUGAAUUUGCUGGUUUAGUUUCGACGAACAUGAUUCAAAUUAUGAAAGGAAAUAUAGUUUCACCUAUUACCCAAAUGGCGGUUAACUACAGUGUAGAUGGAUUAUCUUCUAAAAUUAAUAAAUCUUUAGAGACUGAAACGGAGAAAUUUAGAGCUGGUAAACGCAUUUGCGAUGAUAAUAAUCGUCUUUAUGAAAACACUAGUGCCGACGAUACGACUGCCCAAAUAAGUCAAGAACAGUUGGCCGAAGUAAAUGCUUUAAUUGAUCAAAUCGAGUCAGGAGGCCCAGUAACUCUUUUUCAUUUAGGAGCCCUUAGUAAGGCAGCUAAUGUUGCCAUAGAAAUUUAUGACCAUAACGGAGAUCUUAUGUUUCCUGUUCGCAAUAAUCACGGCGGGGAGCCAAUUAAACUUCAGUAUCACGGCCAAAACGAUAACAUUGGACAUUUCACAUUACUCGGUAAAAAUGAACCCUUCGUUAUGGGUUCAGGAGACAACAUGUGCGCAUUUAAUUGCAUUGCUCAAUUGACUAAUAAAGAUCCAAAUCAACUUAAGGCCGACACCGUCAACAUAUUGAGAAGUAAUCAAAACGUUGUCGCCGCUCGGCUCGAUGAUAUUAAAAUGAUCGAGACAGCACAAAAUUCAGUUUUCAAUGUGAAAGGUGGAGCACAUUAUUAUGGAAAAAAUUAUUUGGAUGCUAUGCAAUACAUUUCAAGUUCAGAAGGAAAACAUGGUUUUGAUAACACAAAUGCCGGUCAUCCAGAAAUUCAUAUUUCAUACAAAGGGGAUCCAAAAAUUAGACUAGAAAUGGUUUCAGACGCCAUCGGGAAGAAAAUUAUAGUAAAAGAUAAGAAGGGUCGCGAGAUGUAUAAAACUGGCAGCCAGUACGAAGGAGAUCCAAUUGUACUCCAGUUCAAUUUGAAUAAAAAGGAUCCUCAUGAAAGUUAUUUCUCUGAACCAGGCGGAACUCAGAAAUUAUACUUCCAUGAAGGCAAUGAUGCUGAAUUUUAUAACUAUCUGGGAACAAAACUUAAACAGAAACCUGAAGAUAUUAAAAAGACAACAACUAAGAACCUCGAUAAUCUGAAAGUACCAGAGAACGCCACUUGCGUGGAAAAUAAGCCUUCAACGAAUGUACCACCUACAGGUUUCUUUACUAAAGAUGAUGAAGGUUAUGUCCUAGAUCAUGUACUUAAAAGUAAAAUCGUCCAAACAAAAAUGAAUCAAAUAAAUCGAUACAACGCUCAACUUAGAAACGGUAAAAAAUAUACUAAAUCCAAUAUUACAAUUCCUGUACAAGAUUUAAACAUACCACGAGAUGUUACCGCUGGUCAGUGGGAGAACGGAAAACUGAUCCGUACAUUCACAGUCAAAAGUGUAUUUAUUCUAAUACAACACCAUGAUAAACAUCAAAACAAUCCAAACGCACAAGUACAAAUUCAAACAAUAUAUCCCAUAUAUUGAUAUAUUUUAAUUAGAUUUUUUACUAAUAUAUUUUCUAAGCAUACAUUAUCGUAAUCAACUAUUUUCUAAUAUAAACCUUUUUGAUAUGAGAAUAUUUUUUUUAAU